AUGGCUUCUGAGGUGACGGAACUCAAGUCUCGUUCGCCCCCUUCUGGCAAAGACGCCCCGAGCUCGGAGCAUGAGGACAUUGAGUUUCUCGAAGAGGGCGAAGGAGGCAGUCCUUCUAUCUCCGACAUGAAUGCCUCUCGCCUCUCUCAAGCACACCGCGAGUACCUCCUCAACCGACAUGGAUCACUUGACCUGGAUCCCCUUCCCAGCGCCGACGACGACGACCCGUAUAACUGGCCAGCCUGGAAGAAACUCACAAAUCUCAUCCUCGUCGCCUUCCACGCCUUCAUGUCCACAUUCACAGCAUCUAUUAUCCCCGCGUACCACGACAUCUCCGUCGAUUUUGGAGUCUCGAUCCAAGAUGCCAGCUACCUCACCUCAGCCCAGAUCGCUGUCUUGGGAGUUGCCCCCUUGUUCUGGAAACCCUUGUCAAAGCGGUAUGGGCGUCGACCUAUUUUCAUCCUGUCGACAGUUCUAUGCUUGGUUUUCAAUAUCGGCUGCGCAAAGAGUAAGACGUAUGCCUCGAUGAUGGUAUGCAGAGCUUUCGCUGCCUGGUUCAUCUCGCCGGCUGCUGCUAUUGGGAGUGCUGUUGUCACCGAGACAUUUUUCAAGAAGGAUAGGGGUCGGUAUCUUGGGGUUUGGACUUUGAUGGUUACACUUGGUGUUCCAGUUGGCCCAUUGAUAUUUGGCUUCGUCGCAACCCGCGCCGGCUACCGCUGGAUCUUCUGGCUCCUCGCCAUAAUCAACGGAGUCCAAUGCCUUCUCUACAUCCUUUUCGGCGCAGAAACCCGCUACAUCCCCGGCAACGAAGAGAAUACAAAGGCAUCCUCAAGCUUCCUCACUCGAUACCCCCCAUUCCGCCGCAUCGACCCAACGCCUCUAACUAUAGAUGAGUUCUACCACCCCCUCGCACUCAUCCUUCGCCCUACGGUAUCCAUACCCGCCUUCGCAUACGCCAUGGUCUUUCUCUUCGGGAGUGUCCUUAUUACCGUCGAAGUGCCCCAACUUCUCCAAGAGAAAUUCGGCCUCAACGAGGAACAACUCGGCCUGCAGUUCCUCGGCGUGAUCAUUGGGACGAUCCUCGGCGAGCAAGUCGGAGGCUUGCUCUCUGACAAAUGGAUGAACCGUCGUGCACGGAAAGACCAUCGCGGGAGAUCAGAGCCAGAAUUCCGCCUCUGGCUCGCCUACCCGGGCGUAAUUCUAACCAUCGUCGGCGUAAUCGUCUUCCUCGUCUGCACGCAGCAGGCGCCCGAGGGACACUGGGAGGUCCGGCCGAUUAUCGGCAUCGGUAUAGCUGCGUUUGGGAACCAGCUUGUUACGACGGUCCUGGUCACAUAUGCGGUUGACUCGUACCCGCUGGACUCGGGGAGUGUUGGGGUGUGUGUCACGUUUGUGAGGCAGGUUUGGGGGUUUAUUGGGCCGUUUUGGUUUCCGGCUAUGUUUAGUAAUGUUGGCGUGGCUGCUAGCUCAGGGGUUGCGGGGGCCCUGAUGUUUGUCUUUAGUUUCCUGCUUGUUAUUCCGGUUCAUGUCUUUGGGGGUAGGUGGCGCGACUGA